CUAAUCCGACAAGCUGCAGUUUGUUGUGGCGAGAAGAAGAAGAAGAAGAAGAAGAAGAAGCCGCUCUGCGUUUGAAGCUUCUUCUUUUUUUUUCUUUUUUUUUUUACAAACAACCUCACUAAAUCACUUUUGUCCAACGUCACACGACAACAUCGUUUCAGGUCGGACAGGCUUGAGAAGGUCCCGUCAGCCAUGGUGGACUACUACCAGGUCCUGGGAGUGCGCAGAGAUGCGCCUGCAGACGACAUCAAGAAAGCAUACAGGAAACUGGCCCUGAAGUGGCACCCUGAUAAGAACCCUGAGAACAAGGAGGAGGCUGAGAAGAAGUUCAAGGAGCUGUCAGAAGCUUAUGAAGUUUUGUCUGAUGCCAACCAGAGGAGCACGUAUGAUCGCUACGGCAAAGAAGGACUCACGGGGAGCUCUGGAGGUCUAGGAGGACAUUACCACAACGGAGACCAUUUCCAUCAACCCUUCACCUUCAGAAACCCAGAGGACGUGUUCAGGGACUUCUUUGGAGGCAACUUCUUUGGUGCAGACCCUUUCCAAGAAGACCCUUUCUUUGGCAAAAGCCGGCGACACCACAGUCGGGGAAGUCGAAGCCGAAAUGGUGGUUCCUACCCAGGAGGCUUUGUGGGCCUCAUGCCCUUUGGGGGCUUCUCACCUUUUGAUCCAGGUUUCGGUUCCUUUGGUUCCUUCGGUUCCAUGGGUUCUAUGGGUUCCAUGAGUUCCAUGGGUCCCAUGGGUCACAUGGGUCACAUCGGUCACAUGGGUCACAUGGGUCACAUGGGGGGUCUGGGAGGGGGGGGCUUGACCUCCUUCUCCAGCAGCUCCUAUGGAGGAGGGGGAGGAGGAGGGGGGAUGGGCAACUUCCGCUCUGUGUCCACCUCCACCAAGAUCAUCAACGGCAGGAAGAUCACCACUAAGAGAGUGGUGGAGAACGGCGUGGAGCGAGUGGAAGUAGAAGAAGACGGCCAGUUACGCUCAAUCACCGUCGACGGCAAGGAGCAGCUGCUGCGGCUGGAACACAAGUGAAAGUGAAAGUGAAAGUGAAAGUGAAAGCUCAGCACAAACUUACUUGAUGAUGUUGUUGUGUAAAUAUUUCUUCUCUCUGGGAGCACCCUGGAGUAUGAAUAGGUCAUGACAUUCCACCCGCUGUAAAUAGGACCCUUCAUCUUCUUAAUACUUUCUUGCUUUUUAUGCAUGUCUGUGGAUGUCCAGUCUUAACGUCGCCAUGGUACCCAGAAACACGUCUGGACGUGAUGCUAAAUGUUGAACUAUGUAAAUAUUCCUUUAACUCUCCACAACAUUCAGAAGUUGGACCAAAACAACGAGAAGUAGUCAAUAAAUGAGUGUGAUUAUUUUGUAUUAGUGUCAAGUCAUUAAAUAGUUUACACUAAAA